GUCAACUCUCGCGAGAACACCGGUUAGCACCGGAAAUAGACAUCAAGGAGUGUUUACGCGGGAAAUGUUCUCAUUAUUACUCCGGGGAGGACAAAUUCAGAAAAUACAGCUUUAAACCCGAACUAAUACAGACAAAACUAUAGCCAGACUUAAUUUCAUUCAAGACAGUCAUGUUCUCAGACCUGAGUGCCCAGAAGGAGGGCUCCUCUCUGCUCUGCCGCCCGGCCUCUGAGGAUCAGGGACCGGUUUUUGAGAGAGGGACGCUGGUCUACAGUCCCUGCUCGGACCGCUACGGCGUUGGGGAGCGGAGCUUCAACCGUCAAUAUGCUCAUAUUUAUGCAGCACGACUCAUGCAGAUGAGGCCCCUGCUAUCAGCGAGAGCUCAGCAGAAGUGGGGAUCAGGUGUGCCUAUCAAGAAGCUGUGUGAUCUGGAGACAGGGGAGCAGUGUUGCAUUGUGGGGACUCUGUUCAAGCGGAUGGACCUGCAGCCAUCUAUCCUCAGAGAGAUCAGCGAGGAGCACAACCUUCUGCCGCAGCCUGCACGAGCCAAAUACAUCAGUGAAACCGAUGAACUAAUCCUGGAGGAUGAGCUCCAGAGGAUAAAACUCGAGGGUAAAAUCGACAGAGACAAGUGUGUCACAGGUAGUGUUGUUGCCAUAUAUGGAGCUGAAAAGAAUGAUGGCAAAUUCACGGUUGAGGACUUUUGCACAGCUGAUCUCCCUCCGCAGACACCGAGGCCUGCUCUUAGCUCUGACAGGUUUGUGCUCCUGGGCUCGGGACUCGGCCUCGGCAGCAGCCGUGCGGACAGCAUGUUGGGGCUGCAGCUGCUCGUAGACAUGGUGACGGGGCAGCUUGGUGACAUGGCGGAGCAGAGCGGGGCAGCGACCAUUUCUAGAGUUCUGCUGGCUGGAAACCUGCUGAGCCAAAGCACCCAGGAGAAGGAUGCAUCAACAAAGGCCAAGUACCUCACAAAGAAGACGCAGGCUGGCAGUGUCGAAGCCAUUCGUUUGCUUGAUGAGCUGCUGCUUCAGCUGGUGGCUUCGGUUCCAGUGGAUGUGAUGCCGGGGCAGUAUGACCCCACCAACUACACCCUCCCUCAGCAGCCCCUUCACAGAUGCAUGUUUCCCUUGUCCUCCGUGUACCCCACACUACAGCUGGCCUCCAAUCCAUAUGAGGCUAACAUCGAUGGAGUUAGGUUCUUGGGCACUUCAGGCCAGAAUGUGUGUGACAUUCAGAGGUACAGCAGCAUGGACAGUCACCUGGAGAUACUGGAGGAAACCCUUCGGCUCAGACACCUGGCCCCCACUGCACCUGAUACUUUAGGUUGCUACCCGUUUUAUCAAAGAGAUCCUUUCAUAUUAGAAGAGUGUCCCCAUGUUUACUUCAGUGGCAAUGCCCCAGCUUUUGACUCCAAGCUCAUCAAAGGUCCAGACGGUCAGGAAGUUCUUUUGGUUACUAUUCCAGAGUUCAGCAGCACUCAGACAGCUUGUCUGGUCAAUUUAUCCACACUACAAUGUGAACCAGUUUGCUUCUCAGCCUUCUCCGCUGAUGAAGACGAGGAAAGUGAGAUGAACGUCAGUCACUAACGUGUGGACUUCCUCCCUCCGAUCAGCUUUGGACCAGGAAGUCCAAAUCUGUUUUCACUGAUCCAGUUUAAAACUGCCUCACACUGAGCUUCUGGCAUUUCUUUUAAAGCUACAAUUAGCAAAACAAAAACAGCAUUGGCAUCUCAGUAACAAAUAAGGAGCUAAAAAAGAAAGAGAGUGUUGUUUCGUAUUAAAAACUUUAUUUGCACCUCAUCUGGACCUGAGGAAGCCUUUUCUCUUUCAACCCUCAUUUCACACAGGUAGUGAUUUAUUGUACUGUAAAAAAAGUAUUUCUAUGGGUGAAGACAGUGUAAAUAAUUCAUCGUUUUUUUUUAAGUGUGUCCACAAUAAACAUCAUUUUUCAUAAA